AGGAAGAUGCCUGCAGAACCCUCCUGGAAAACAAAGAUGCCAUAGACUGGGACAAAGCCUUCCAGCUGCAAGGUCUCCAGGAUGGGCUCUAUCAGGCUGUGAAAGACAUGGCAGAGGCUCGACGUGUCCACAUGGAGCCCUAUUUCUACCAGGCAGUGCUGCACCCUGAUGCAGCCAUGUUUUGUCAUAACCAGCUCAGAAGUGAGCCCCUCCACCUGGGGACACUCAGCCCAUCUGAUGCACCUCUGGUCAAUGACACCUGGGCUUUUGCAAGCAAUGAUCGGAGCCUGCGCUACCUCAGGAGCCUGAUUGAGGUCUUCCCAAAUGCUUGCCUCCUAGAUCAGAAAGGGCAGCCGGUUGCCUGGUCCCUAAGUGAUGCCCUUGGGCGUAUGACCCAUGGCUAUGCUCUUCCUAAAUAACAGGGAAAGGGUCAUAUGAAAACAGUGUUGCAGGCUCUAGGCAGGAAAUUGCACACCAAGGAUUUUGUCUCAUAUGGGGGAGUUCUGCCAGAGAACCAGAACUCCAAGAAACUUUUAAUUAGUCUGGGCUUCCAUCUCUUGUCUUUGAGAAAUUACGUGUUUUUGUUCACUCCAAAUCACCUGAAAUAGCCUUCCUGCAUUUUCCCUCCUAGAAUCAGUGGUCUUCAUUAGACUGAGAGGUUGGGACUAUAUUUGAACCUUGGAUUUAAGCAGUGGUGGGCUUCAAAAGUUUUAGCAAAGGGUUCUCUGCCUGUUUGCUAUGUGGGUGUGGCCUAGUCGGCCUCCUGCACCACAGGGAGGUGGGGCAUUUUUGCCCU